AUGUCUACAGCCAAAUCUCGCCUCUCCAGCCUUCUCGGCCACUUUCAACAGCCCCUUGAUGCUAACAGCACAGCGACUCCCGCUCCGGUAAACAGCUUUAAAAAUGUCAAUUUCCACACAUUGUCUCCUACGUUCUUUCUGCCGAGGGCGGCGGCGAUAGAGCCAGAUCAUUUAUUAAUUUUGGUUGUCAUGCGCAAGGCCGAGGCGAUAUACCACAUUACAGCAAAUAACCAAGUGCUACGAAGAACCUACCAAGAGACUGCGGAUCGGGCUAGAGGGCUCGCCUAUUUUCUCAAGAAGCAUGGGUAUAAGAGAGUCGGGAUCCUGUGCCCAAACACACCGGCUUUUCUGGAGUCGAUUUUCGGUAUUGCCGCUGCGGGGGCCGUGAAUGUUUCCGUGAAUUAUCGACUUAAGGAGGACGAUAUCGCUUAUAUAUUUACUCAUUCUGACGCCGAAAUUAUCAUCGCUGACAAGGAAUACUUGCCGCUGCUGUCGGCCUAUAGAGCAGCGAAGCCGCAUGUUCGUGUCAUUUUGGAUACAGAUACAGAUGCAACAGAGGGCCAACUUGCGGGUCCAUUUGACGAGGCUAUUCUCGAGGGGUUGAAUUAUGACCGGGAUACAGGCAGAAAGGGCUGGAGUGCUCUUGAGAGCCAAGCCGCGUCUGAAGAUGAUGUUAUUGCGCUGGCAUAUACCAGUGGGACAACGGCGCGCCCGAAGGGAGUGGAAUACACUCAUCGUGGUUGUUAUCUUGCUGCUAUGGGCAAUAUCAUUGAGUCUGGGCUCAACUUUCAAGGACGGCGCUGUAAAUACUUGUGGACCUUGCCUAUGUUUCAUGCUAUGGGUUGGACUUUCCCUUGGGCCGUUACUGCAGUGCGCGGGACUCACUACUGCCUGCGCAAAAUCGACUAUCCGCAGAUCUGGAAACUUCUCAAGCAAGAGGGCGUCACCCACUUUAAUGCGGCUCCAACGGUGAAUACGUUGCUUUGCAGCUCUCCUGAAGCUGAGCCGCUUCCUGAACCAGUCCAUGUUACAGUCGCAGCGAGCCCGCCAACACCUCAUUUGUUCGAACAGAUGACGGGCUUAAAUUUGCAUCCAGUUCACGUUUACGGUAUGACGGAGACUUAUGGACCUAUCACUAAAGGGUACUAUAUGACGGCCUGGGAAAACCUCCCUCGCAAGGAGAAAUUUGCGCGAAUGGCACGGCAAGGGCAUGGUUUCCUGACCAGUCUUCCAGUACGGGUCAUCCAGACAGAGGUGCCUGAGGGCACCAUCAUUGAUGUCAAGCAGGACGGCAAGGAGAUUGGUGAGAUUGUGUUUGUCGGGAAUAUCUGUGCCAGGGGCUACUAUAAAGACCCCGAGGCUACGCGGAAAUUGUUUGCUGGCGGAGUCCUCCAUUCAGGAGACUUGGCUGUCUGGCAUCCAGAUGGGGCCAUUCAGAUUCUUGACAGAGCCAAGGAUAUUAUCAUUAGUGGAGGUGAGAACAUCUCGUCCGUUGCACUCGAGUCGAUGCUGGUCACCCAUCCGGAUAUUCUAGAGGCCGGUGUUGUCGCCGUUCCCGACAGCCAUUGGGGUGAACGGCCCAAAGCUUUUGUGACUGUCAAACCAGGGAGGCAGCUGAAGGGUAAAGAUGUCGUCGACUGGGCCAGGAACACUAGCGGAAUCAGCAAGUUCAUGGUUCCACGGGAAGUGGAGGUUGUCGCAGAGCUUCCCAAGACCAGCACUGGCAAGUUGAGGAAGAACGUUCUUCGUGAGUGGGCAAAGGAUGGAAGCCGAUCAUGACGGAUCUGCGUUUGAUGCAAGGUACCUAGAUAGAAUAAGAUAGUAUUGGAAAUAGAUGCAAAGCAAUACCUACUAUAUUGUUCACUAGUA